AUUUCAAUUUGUACGCCAUUUUGCCGCCAUUUCAGUCGAAAAUCAUAAUGUCUGACACCGAAAAAACCGAUGUUGCCCCUCAAAAGGAGGAGGAAGAUGUUGAAGAAGACGCUGACGAGUCGAAAGACGAUGAAGAAAUGAAAGAACUUGAAGAUUCAGAAAAAGAAACAGAAAAAGCUGACACAAAGGUAGAGGAAGAGGUGGAAAUGGAAGAUGAACCUGAAUCAAAACCUGAGCCUGUGGAGGCAUCGCCAAAGAAGUCUCCAAAGAAGAGAAAAAAGGUGGAGAAAGAGGAAGAAGAUGAUGAAGAAGAGGAAGAACUGCCAUUGGGCUUGUUGGAGAGGCCUGUGGUGAUUGAAUCUGGAAAGAGAGAGAAAAAGAAAGUGGAAAGGUUGGCGAUGACCAUGACCUUUGCCCCUCAGCACAGGAAGAAAGUUGACGUGCCUGAAGGAAGUGGAGCGAAGCUUGGAGAAUGCCCCAGAAUUGAAUACAAAAUUGCACACUUGAAGGCAGAUGACUUGAAGCCGUUACAUCGAAUAGUGUUUGGAAAGAAGGGAACUUCACAAGAAGUGAAAAAGAAUCUGCGACAGUUUUGUGGGUUUUCCUUUUCAAAAGAAGACAAAGAGUAUGACAAGAGAGUUUCUAUCAUUGGCAAAUUAACGCUCCCGGUGUUGAAGACAAUCUGUGAGGUGCUUGACCUUGAGAGGUCAGGGGUCAAAGACGAUGUGGUCCAGAGGGUCAUGGACUUCCUCAUGAACCCAUCCGACUCUGGCAGGAAAGUACCAGAGCCCAAAAAACGGGGUCGGGCUUCGAAGGAGAGGCGGGACAAGGGAGUGAAACGAAAGCGAGCGGAAAAGAAAGAGGGCAAGAAGAAAAAGAAGAAAACGUCAAAAGAAGAUGUGGAGUCUGAGAACGAUGAGGAUGAGGAUGAAGAUGAUGAGGAGCCAGAGGAAAAUGAUAAGGAUGAGGAUGAUGAUGCAGAUGAGGAUGGUGAUGCUGAAGAGGAGGAAGAAAGCGAGGAAGAGGUACCCAAAAAGAAAAAGGCAAAGUUGGAAACGCCCAGGAAGCCUAAAGAAGAGAAAAGGGAAAAGAAAGAAAAUGACAAGAAGGAGAAAAAAGAGAAGGCAGCGAAGAAAGCAGAAAAGAAAGAAUCAAAGAAGAAGAAAGUUGAAGAGGAAUCAGACGAGGAUGAUUCAGAAGAUGAAACAUUAGGAUCAAAGAAAACAGGACCACCAAAUAAUGAUGAAUUGCGUGACGUUGUUAAGAAAAUUUUAGAUGGUGCCAAUUUGGAAGAGGUGACAAUGAAAACAGUCGUAAAACAGGUUUAUGCAAAGUAUCCAGAUUUUGAUUUGUCAGACAAAAAAGAAUUCAUCAAAAACACAGUGAAACAGCUAAUAUCAUGAGAGCAGUGAGGAAUGAUGUUGGUGAAAUGGCAGCCAAUCAUAAUGAAACGUACAUACGCACGAGGGCUGGACAAUUCUGUGAAGACAGCCGCUCCAAGAGUGUGUUGGAAAUCAUUGCAUAACUCAGUAGGGACGAACCACACCGACGAACCACUAGUGAAAUGCUGGAGUCGUCGGUAGAUCCUUGUAUAGACAUUUAUCAUGGAACAUCUGUCACCUAGAUUUUAUUUUUCAUCAUCACAAUCUUAGCUUCAUUUUGAAUUUCCAGCUUUUACUCUCAUCGAUGCCACUCUUAUCACCCAUUGUCGAUUUUAAUCUGUUUUAAUGGAAUUGUAAUAUAUGUGAUGAUGAUGAUGAUGAUGAUCAUGUGCUUCAGCCACACCCAUGGUUUUAAUAUGUUUCCAGGCAACGGGAGAGACUUGGUGUCUAUCUUGUUAAUAUCGUCUGUUCCGAUCUCAUGGAGAACAGUGCUUGCAAUUGACACACACUGUCUGCAAUGGACACACUUGGUGUGAAAUAGAUGCUCCCCAUGUGAAAUUGACACACUGUAAUUGACACUGUGUGAAAUUCACUCUCCCCGUCUGAAACUUGUGAAGCUAUUUUUAAUGAAUCUCAUGUUUCUUUUUAGUGUCCUUUACAUGAAACAAAUGAUCGUUAAGCUGAGGGAUUUAUUCGUGAUCAAUAAGAUUUGAUUGGUGAACAAAAUCCCUUCUUACAUAUACAUUGUUAAUUUGUAUUUCCCAUUUACCUUGUUACAGUUGUUGAUUUCAAGCACUGUGAGAAAUAUACCAAUACCAGGUGUAAAAUGUACCAAUAAGACAUGUGCCUCAGCGUGUUCCAAGCCUAAACCUGCUUAUGGUGUCUAACUUCAAACCUCGGUGUAAUCAUUCAUUAAGUCCUUAGUAUGUAUUUCCAUGAGUUAAGAAUUAGACUGCACAAGUUCUGCUCAAUCUAUUGUGAAUUUUUUUUCUCUUUAAUUUGUUAUGCUUGGUUUGGUAGUGAACCAUGUUCAAUGCAUGGCUUGGGUAGCCAUCAAGUGCUUAAUCCCAAAUGAGGCACAUUGUGUGCUAUUUUUUAGACGUGAGAGUUCCCUACCCUUAGAUCCUUGCAUUAGGUUUGUAUAUACUACACAAAAGAAGUUAAGGAACACCUGAUUCUUUCAUAGAGUUUAGUAAUAGUAAUUAUGGAAGAAUUGUGUUUGUUGACUUCUUUGAGUAGUAUAGUGUACUGUAAAAGGGCAUUCCAUUGUGGCAUUGGUCACGUUAUUUCAAGUCUUCUAGCCUUUUAGUGUCCUUGAUGGCUACCUCUAAAAUCUGUAUACCUUAGGGGCAAGUGCAGCAGGAAUUUAGACUCACAACAUCAGAGUUUUGUCAUCAUCUUGUGGAUUAGGAGUUGAAUUAAUGUGAAGGAUGGAGCAGAAAUGGUUUUGACUGGGAUCGUCUGAGGCUGGGCCACUAUGUAUGGGAUUGAAUGUAGUUUUCUGGGAAGUAGUGUUUAGUCUCUGUAUGGUUUACUGCUGUCUUUGAAGCCAAGCUUUAAUAACAGUAUACUGGUAUGUUAAACAAGGUUCUGUAUUUUGGUCAUUGUCAAAGAGUUUUGCUGAAUAUUCUCUUCAAUGUGUAAGAGCUUCCCCAGUAGUCUAGUUCUUGUAUCUGUCUAAUAUUUAUUUUAUCUUCUGUUAAAAGAAGUAUGAAUAGCUAGGAAUUUUCUACAAAAAGAAGUCAAUGCUUUAAAAGUGAACGACCAAACAUGAUCACGAAAUAGAAACAAAAAUGUUGAAAUCUCUGAUGUUAUGAAAUAAAAUGGUUUAAAUUUUGA